CAAACAUCCAGAUAGAUUCUAUCCAGAUUUUACAGAUGACCCGAAAGCAUUUUGGAGAAGUGCUCUUGAAAAGGGACUUGAUCCUUGGACUGCCGAUAAACAUGGCGAGUCUGUUUUGAGUGUUCUUAUUAAGGCAGAUGCAUCGGUUCUUUCACGUUAUUUAGUUAAAGCAGCCGCAUGUGACGAUGUUGAGAAUAGUAUUUGUCUUUUAAAAAUAAUAUGUAAAGAUGGAGACAAACAUUGGAAAGCAGAUCUUGUCGGAGACAUUAUAAAAUCGAGGAAAAAUCCGUUAAUGAGUUUAGAGGAACCGCUGCGCCUUUGUUGCGAAAAUGUAAUGAAAGCUAGCAAUGCCAACGACAGAAGAGAAGACUAUGAAGACCAUGCAAUGUCGUCUGUUCAUUACAAGAUUGCUGAAAGACUGAUUUUACAUGACGCCAAUUUCAGGAAUCGGUGUUUAUCAAAUCCUUCUUUUCGAGAUAUGGCAGAAACCUGCCCUGUACUAAAAAAUCUUUUUUUGAAACCCAUAGAUAUCAACAAUAUUUCCAAAUUAAUUGCCCCAUGGAAUUCCAGUUCCAAAAGGUACGAGGAAAUAUUAAAGAAAGUAUCCAGGGGAUUUGAGACUAAAAGAAUCAAAGACAUUUUGUAUCACAAAGACCAUAUAGCAAUUGGAGGGUUUGGUUCUGUGUUUGUAGGGAUCAGUGAGAAGGACGGUAGAGAAGUAGCGAUCAAGCGCAUCCAAAAUCGUGUAGUAAAUGAACAGGAAAUGAAAAAUCUGACACGACUUGCAGACUGCGAACAAGUGGUUCGCUAUUUGUACUACAUCCCAGAAGAUGACUUUUCUUACAUGAUUUCAGAAUUGAUGGAGGGAACGCUCGACGAAUAUCUAGCAGAAGGCAUUGACAAAAGUGAAAGUGUUCAACUUUGUAAAGAUGUAGUGAUGGGACUAGAAUUUUUGCAUGACCAUCCCAACCCCAUUAUUCAUCGUGACCUCAAGCCAGCUAAUAUUCUAUAUAAAACACAUCCUAAACUAUGUUUGAAAAUUGCUGACUUCGGUUUAAGCCUUCUUAUUGAUAGCAGUUCUAAUGAAGGUAAUGACGAACACAUUGGCACAAGGUGUUGGAGAGCUCCGGAAGUUUUGGUGGAGCAAAACAGUCAUUCAGUGUCAUCAGACAUGUUUUCGUGUGGACUGCUCCUCCAUUACAUCUUGUCAGGAAAAAGACAUCCUUUUUCUAAACCUCAUUGUGAAGAAGGGUAUCGAAGUAUUGGUGAGACGGAAAAGAACAUAAAGAACGGUAAAAUGGAAGGAUGGGACAGCUCCCUUUUUCCUGAAGCCACUCACCUCGUAAAAUGUAUGCUUGAACAUGAUAGGAAGAAACGGCCAGCAGCAGGAGAAGCACUGAACCACCCAUUGUUCUGGUCGAACGAAGAAAAGAUGGAUCUGCUGAUUGCUGUAGGUAGUCAACCAGAGUUCUUCGAGUACCCGCGUUCAAAGGGGUUCUUACCUUUCACCCCAGUUAAGGAAGAUCUAGAAAACAGAUUCCAUAUCAUUGUCAAGAAUGCAAAUUGGAAUGACACGUUUUUUUUAAACAUGCCUGCUAUUUACGCUGAAAUCCUUCAAAUACCUGGAAGUCGGAGAUAUAACACCCGCUCUGUAGUAGAGCUAGUGCGAUUUAUUCAAUACGCUCACUCACGCGUCUCUAGUAUGGGCAAACAACAAGCACGCAUCAAGAAAAUGCUACUUGAAAACUUCAUGUUUUUAGACCUUUUCCCUAAUCUUGUGAUUGAAGUAUACCAUGUUGUAACCACUCAUGGCUGGGAUCAAGAAAGACAGGAAAUUAAAAACCUAAUGCAUUGUGAUCGUCAUCAGAGACAGCGUGCUUUACUGAGCCCUAGUGCCAAUGUGAGACUCGACAAGGACCUCAAGGGACACACUCCUUGGAUUUUCGUUUCCAAAAAAUUUGAAAACAGGCUGAGCAGAGUUGCUAGCGAACAGGAAUGCACGACUGUGGACGUGUAUAGGUAUCACAAUGACCAUAUAGCAUGGGGAAAGUUUGGUGAAAUCUUUGCAGGAAUCAGUGUAAAUGAUGGUAGAGAAGUGGCCAUUAAACGUAUUGAGAAAUCGCGUAUGCAUCGACCAGAAGACAAAAGAGAAGUAGUCAACCUCACCACUCUUGCUGACUGCCAACAAGUUGUUCGAUAUUUAUGUUUCAUUAAUGAUGAAAAUGAUGAUUUUUCCUACGUAGUUUUGGAACUGAUGGAGGGAAAUCUCGACGACUAUCUUAGUGAUACUUUCGAUCCAAAACAAAGUAUUAAACUUUGUGAAGAUGUAGUUAUGGGAAUGAAAUAUCUGCACGAGCACAAURUCCUUCAUCGCGACCUCAAGCCUGGUAAUAUCCUCUACAAAGUUCAUCCUAAAGUGUGCUUGAAAAUCGCAGACUUUGGUCUAAGUCGACGUAUUGAUAGCAGUGGCUCUAGCACAGUGUAUAGCAUUAAUUCUGGAACGAAAUGCUGGAUUGCUCCAGAGGUGCUGAACUCUUCCGUGGAUACUUAUGAACAUUCUGAAUCAUCGGAUAUGUUUUCAUGUGGACUGAUCCUUCACUAUAUCCUGUCUGUGAAAAAGCACCCAUUUAGUUCACCUGAAGUUGCUAUUGAAACAGAAACCAACAUAAUAAAUAACAGAAUGAAAGGAUGGGAUAACGCUAUUUCCCCUGAAGCCACUCACCUGUUAAAGAGGAUGCUUGAAAGCAAAGAACGGAAUCGGCCACGUGCAGAAGAAGCUCUAGAACAUCCUUUGUUCUGGUCAAAUGAAAAGAAGGUGGAUUUCCUAGCAGCUGUUGGUAAUCAGACAGAAUUCGAGUGCCCACGUUCAGAGAGGACGUUACCUUUGACCCAAGUCGAGACAGAUCUAGAUCUGAUAUUCAGUACCAUUGGCAGGCAUGGAAGGUGGAAGGAUUCAGGGUAUCUGCACAUGCCCAAUAUUUACACUAGCAUGAAAGCAGGAAAAGGAAGAAAGAAUUACGACACCUCGUCUGCUGUGGAGUUAGUUCGUUUCAUACGAAAUGUAUACGAACACUACCGAGAGAAAACGUUUAAGUUUGUGCCACCAGUAACAAUUGAACAGUUGCUAUUUGACGACUUCGUGUUUCUGGAAUAUUUUCCUGCUCUUGUGAUGGAAGUCUACAAGGCUGUAACCACUCAUGGCUGGGACCAGACAAGAGAUGAUAUCAAAUACGCCAUGAACAAGAAGUAACAAGGUUGUGUGGAACAAACAGCAGUGAUAAUAAAUCAUCACACAGGAAAUUGCUGUUAUGGAUAUCACCAGAUGAUAUGGUAGUACACUGCCACAAGUUGGUUGGUACUGAUACAACAUAGAGGACAGAUUGCACAUGAUAUCAAUAAUCAUAAGUUAAGACUGGUUUUCACUACCAAUGAAAGUGAAUUAAUUAGUUAAUUAUUGUUUGCUAAUUAUUCUGUGGUUUACAUUUAGUUUUGUUAUGCUUUUUAUAGAAAAUUACAGUAUAGAACAAUUGUAGUUAUUUCAAGAUUGUACAGGGAUUCAUAAUUCAUCAUCACCAUCAUCAAUACCAUCAUCAUCAUCUUCACAAUCAUCAUCACCACCCUUUAUCAUCAACAUCAUCAUUAUCAUUACCAUCAUCAACAUCUUUAUCAUCACCAUAAUCAACAUCAUCAUCAUCACCAUCAUCAACAGGUUAUCAUUUUGAAUAUCCACUAGUAUAUUGUAGACAGCCUUUAUACUUUACUAAGGUAUGGCACAGUGGUGCUAAUAAUAAUAAUCAUUACUGGCCGAUGUAAAAGGUUACAGUAGUAAUAGACAUUACCAUUAUCCAGUAGUAUAUUGUAGACAGCCUUUAUACUUUACUAAGGUAGAGUGGAGGCAUAUUAGAAAUCAAAAAUACUAGUCAACGUGUAAAAGUCAAAUAUAGACACAAAAGAAAACAAUGGUAUUGGGGUCUACUAAUGUGUAUUAGGUACUCUAAUAUCUAUUGCACGGGUUUAAUGACUUCAUUCUAUACGAUAGCGUUUCCAGUAGGAGUCUUUCAGAGAAUUUUACUUUAAAUUUAAGUUUAAUUUUUUUGGUAGGGAAUUCGGUAAGAUAUAACAGUUGUAAAUGAGGUAAGAUAAACGUAAUUUGCUUUAUAGUUAAUAGAAAUUAAUUAUAUUAAAUAUAUGACGUAGAACGA